AUGGAGUCCUCUCCACAACCUCAUGAUUCUACUACUGUCCCACAUCCAACUCAACCACCAACACAUCAAAAGAUCACUCGUGGUCAUUCUUGUAUUCUCUGUCAACAGAGAAAAGUACGAUGUGAUCGACAAAAACCUAAGUGUUCAAAUUGUGUUAAAGCACAUGCUGAAUGUAUUCCCAGUACACCUGCUGCUCCACGUCGAAGAAGACGUAAGCUAAGUGAGUUAGAUGUGGCUGCAAGAUUGAGGAAAUAUGAACAUUUAUUGAGGGUUAAUGGAAUUCGGAUUGAGGAUGAUGGUGCUGUCGAUGGCGUUACUACUGGUGUUGGAAGUGCAAAUGCAAGUGGCACUGAUGAUGCAGGUCCUGAUGAAUCAAGUUCUACACGCCAAGUUUUAUCAAGUACCAAGAAAGGCCAAUUGUACUCUAAGCAUGGUAACUCCCGUUACAUAGAAAACACUGUUUGGGAGAAUCUUAGUAAUGAAUUACAAGAUCCAAAAGACGCAUUUCAAGUAUCAUCAGAAGAUGAUGAUAAUAAUGAUAACUCCCUCUUCCCCGAAGAAUCCACCAUCCUUCUUGGAAACUUGAUUAGUUCGAAAAGAAACCUGAGAAGCCUACAUCCUCAACCCGUCACAAUUUUCAGGUUAUGGCAAAUCUUUCUGACCAAUGUGAAUCCAUUGAUAAAACUUUUUCAUGCUCCGACGGUUCAGGAGAUGAUCUUAGAAGCAACUUCAGAUAUGGAUAAUAUUCCGAAACCUACGGAAGCUCUAAUGUUCGUUAUAUACCUUCUUUCUAUCGGCUCACUAAAAGAUGAUGAAUGUGAGAGUACUUUCAAUGAACCAAGAUCCGUACUUUUAUCGAGAUAUUCUCAUGCUACACAACAAGCUCUUAUCAAUGUCAAAUAUAUCAAAUCCCUUAAUUUGACUGCCUUACAAGCUUAUUGUUUAUUUCUCCUUGCAGCUCGUAAGCAUUAUGAUGCUCAUGCAUUUUGGAUCUUAACUGGUUCUGCUGUUCGAAUUGGUCAAAGAUUGGGUAUUCAUCGUGAUGGAUCUUCUCAUAAUUUAUCUCCUUUCGAUACAGAAAUGAGAAGGAGAGUUUGGUGGCAAGUAGUUUUCCUUGAUGGUUUUGCUGCAAAACUAUGUGGAGCAGGAUUCCCUGCUUGGCUUGCAAAAUUCGAUACAAAGUUACCACUCAAUGUUAGUGAUAGUGAUCUCACUCCCGACAUGACAGAACCUCCACCUGAGCGAGCCGGAGCAACUGAAAUGCUUUUCUGUUGUAUUCGAUAUGAAGUUUCGCAAGCUAUUCGAAAAGCCAAUAGCUUUGGCAAUGGAGGUCAUGGACAUGGGCACGGACAUGGACAUGGAGGUGAGGGUGGCCGAGGUGGUCAUGGAGGUGGUCACAGAGGUGGUCACAGAGGUGGUCAUCACGGUGGUCCAUCACAUACUCCUCCAUUUUCGAACGUUAUCGCUGAAAAAGAUAAAACUAUCGAUGAAUUGGAGGCCAGACUUCAAGAUAAGUAUCUACAAUAUUGUGAUCCGUCAAUACCUUUACAUUUACUAUCGAUAUAUGUUGCCAAAUCAGUCAUCUGUACAAUGAGAUUAAUGGCUCAUCACCCACGACAAUAUCCUGAUAAAGGCGCGAGUAUGCCACAGAAGGAAAGAGAUAUGCUUUUUAAUGAAUCAUUGAAGAUGCUUGAAUAUGAUGGCAUAGGUCAUUCCGAGAAGCUCGUCCAAAGAUAUCUAUGGCAUAUUCAUGUCCAUUUUCAAGUAGAUGCAUUUAUAUACCUACUCAGCGAACUCCGACAAAGAGAAAGAGGAGAAUUAGUAGAUAAAGCAUGGCGACAAGUGGAACUCGCAUAUGAAUUCCGCGGAGAAAUGCUCAACGAUACAAAGAACAGUCUCUAUUUCGCCUUGGGAAACUUAGUCCUCAAAGCCUGGGAGAAAAGAGAAGAAAGUGCAGGAACUUCAGCAAAUUCAAGAAAUUCCCCAGAUCAAGUCACCCCACCGAGAUUCAUAUCAAUCCUCCGCUCUCAAAGACAAAAACACGAUCAUCUGCACAGAUAUCUAGAUCAUCAACAACGAAAUCAGGGCAAUGAUGACGAUGAUGAUAUAGCAGAUCCCUUCAGAACAGUAAAUCACUGGCAUAUGCCCCCUGCAACGGCUGAAUCUUACGUGAGGCAAAAACCUCCUGAUUACAUCCCCUCGCAUUCUUCACAUGAGCCUUCGGAUUUGCAUACCCAGCAUCCUGUACAAAUGCACAUUCAAUCGCAAUCGCAAUCGCAAAUGCAAAAUUCGCAAGAACAACCUUGGUUGGCGUCGGAUUCUUUCCUGGAUACGUCGAUGCCCGAUAUCACGCCCUUGGAUUGGGAGUAUUGGCAGACGCUGCUGGAUGGGGAUUUACCUGCUUAUACAGGACAGGUGGGUGGUGGUUAUGGGAUGGGUUGGUAG